GACACUGGAAUCUACCUUUAAAAUCUAGCGCCUUAAGCUGUUGGCCUCCAGCUAGGCUGAGCUGGCCUCUCCCUCUGUUGCUGGAAGACUGAGAGGGAAGCCCGCUUCCUUCUGGCCUCUUGAUAAUUUUACAUCUGGACAUAUUUAUUUGUCAUUUCUAGGAUCCUUCCUCCUAGACAUUGAGUUUUAAGGUCUUAGCUUUUUUGUUGUUCUUGUUGUUAAAAUUUAUUUUGUUGUUGUUGUUCCGACUGACUUCUAUCUGACAUGAGUGUGGAUCUCCGUGGUUCCGACAGUCCGCCUUAUUACGACAAAGCAGCAAAUUCUGGUGACUCGUCACCAAUGCCUGAAGUUCACGGUCCUGAGGAAAACUGUUGCUCACACGCUGCUGCUGAGAUGCUCCAAAAAGAGAUCGCCUCUCCUCGCCCUUCCUCUGUGGACCUGCCUCUUCAGGACAGCCCUGACUCUUCCACCAGGCCCAAACUGAAGCUCACUGGUCCUGAGUCUAAAGAGGACGCCAAGAAGGGGGACAACAAGGUCCACACCAAGAAGCAGAAGAUGCGGACCGUGUUCUCUCAGGCACAGCUGUGUGCACUCAGGGACAGGUUUCAGAGGCAAAGGUACCUCAACCUCCAGCAGAUGCAAGAACUCUCUGCCAUUCUCAACCUUAGCUAUAAGCAGGUUAAGACCUGGUUCCAAAACCAAAGAAUGAAAUGUAAGCGAUGGCAGAAAAACCAGUGGCUGAAGAGCAACGGCGUGACUCAGACGGGCUCUGCAUUUGUGGAGUAUCCCAGCCUCCAUUCCAGCUAUCGCCAGGGCUGUCUGAACACAUCUGGAAGCCUUUCAGUGUGGGACAGCCAGACUUUGACCGAUGUUUGGAGCUACCAGACCGGGACCAACCCAACUUGCAGUAACCAGACCUGGACCAACCCAACUUGCAGCAACCAGGCCUUGACCAGCCUAACUUGGAGCAAUCAGGCCUUGACCAACCCAGAUUGGAACAACCAGGUCUGGAACACUCAGUCUUUGUAUUCUCAAGCCCGGAAUAGUCAGGCUUGGAACACUCCUUUCCAUAACUUUGGAGAUGACUCUCUGCAGCCUUACAUGCAGUAUCAGCAAAACUUCUCUGCCAGUGAUGUGGGGCCGAGUUUGGAAGCCACUGGGGAAAGCCACAUGUAUUUUAGUACCCCACAAGGCUUGUAAUUACUCCUGAACUACUCUGAAUACUCGGAGGGCGGGUGCAGGUAGUAAGGAGUGGACAGAUGACUCAGUUUAAAGUCAGGGCAGUGGCUGGAUUUCUUCCUUCUUUUAAAGAUUUUUGGUCUUUCAAGACAGUGUUUCAGGACUAGAGAGAUGGCUCAUGGGUUAAGAAUGUUGGCUGACCUUCCAGAGGUCCCGAGUCCGAUUCCCAACAACCACUUGGUGGCUCACAAACAUCUAUAAUGAGAUAUGGUGCCCUCUUCUGGCAUUCAGGUGUACAUGCAGACGGAAUGCUGUAUACUUAAAUAAAUAAAUAU